UGAACCUCAUAUUGAUUAGUCUCGUGCGGUUAAUUUAUGUGAUUAUUGAUAACUCAUGAUGAUUGAAUUCCUCGUUGGAGUGUAUCGCUUGGUUAUUGGUACAAUUAAGUACCUUGUGCAUCACCAAUUUACAAGAUUAUGGACCAGGAAGCCAAGACCGAUCGUGCAAGUGCGUCAAGGUCAACUACGAGGCAUAUCAACAGUGCUUCCGAAUGGAUCGCCAUACCACUGUUUCAAGGGAAUUCCUUAUGCGAAACCUCCUAUUGGCGAGCUUAGGUUUAAAUCACCGGUGCCGAUAGAUAAAUUUAACAGCCCUGUUGUUGAUUGUGCCGUUGACAGAAAUGAAUUCAUCCAAGCGUACAUGUUUCUUCCAUUCAUAAUAAGAGGAUCGGAAAAGGCGCUUUAUCUGAAUGUAUUUACUCCGCAUAUUCCCGAGUUCGACCAGAGCUUCCAGCUACCAGUGAUGAUCUAUGUUCAUGGAGGAGGCUACAUUCACGGAUCUGCAUCCACUUUAAUGCACGAUCCCAAAUACCUCGUACAGGAAGGCGUAGUUGCAGUGGUGAUCAAUUAUCGGCUUGGUCCUUUUGGAUUUUUGAGCUUGCCGAGCAUGGGAAUAACGGGUAACGCUGGAUUGAAAGAUCAGGUGAUGGCUUUUAGAUGGGUGAAGGAAAAUAUCGAUCAAUUUGGAGGUGAUCCGCAGAACAUAACUGUCUUUGGUGAAAGUGCGGGUGGUUGGUCAACUUAUCUGCAUUAUCUGUCUUCAAAUUCUAGGAAAUAUUUCAAUAGAGUCAUAUGCCAAAGUGGAGUUGUGUGUACGGACUCGUUUUUCCAAGUAGACGCGGAAAAUAAAGCUAGAAAAUUAGCAAAAAUUUUAGGAUACAAUGGAAGCUCAGAUCAAGGUGUUUAUGAUACUCUCAUGAAAGCUCCUGCGCAUUUGAUCGUAAAACACCAACAUGAAGUUGCAACAGAAGACGAGAAAAAGCUUCCAAUGAACUUUCUUUUCCGACCAGUAAUCGAACAAAUAGAAUCCGAGGAUAGCAUAAUCACCACCAGUCCGCAGUAUAUUCUCAAACAAGCCAACACAUUAGACAUGCCGCUAAUUACGGGGUGUACUAAUGGCGAAGGAAUUCUGGCUUAUUAUUUGAUGAGACGGCAGAAACAAGUCAAUGCAUUCGAAACGGAGCCUGAGAGGCUAGUUCCGAGCUAUUUACGAGAGAAUUCCUCAUUGGACUUGAAGACGGUUGGAGCACAGGUCAAGCAGUUCUAUUUUGGAUCCCACAAAUUCAGCAAUCGUACUAAACAACACAUUUGCGACCUGCUGUCGGAUACAACUUUCGUCACUACGACUAUGAUUAACGCAGAAUUACUUGCGAAAUAUCAGCCGAAGGUGCAACAUUUCCAUUACAGGUUCACGUUCCAUGGUGGAUUUGAUGUCUUCAAAAGACUUCAACGAGCUGUGGAUUUUGAAGGAGCAUCUCAUGGAGACGAUAAGUUUUAUAUAUUUGACUCACCCAUGCUCCCGAAGCUUUCUCGAGAUUGUGAUGAAGUGAAAGUUCGGAACAACUUGGUGCGAUUGUGGACGAAUUUUGCCAAGUAUGGUCACCCAACGCCAGCAAACUCCAUACCUGUAGCCUGGCCCGUAGCGGUGGAGUCUCGAGUACCUCAGUCGAAUGAUUUCAGUUUGAAUUAUCUAGAAAUUGAUUCAGAGCUGCAAGUCAAGCAAAACCCUGGUAAGCAGAGCCAUGACUUUUGGCGAACUUUGAUUUCAAAGUACCAACCAGAUUUACUAAAAUACCAGCAGUGCUGUGGAAUCAACAUUCGGGCGAUAAAAGAUUCACUCCUGUCAGGCAAGGCGCUGUUUAUUUGCCCUCCAUGUAGGAUCGAGCUGAAUGGUCGUUCGAUUCGCUCCUAUUUUGCCGACAAUAACAGUAGCCAACCAUCGGUUAUGAAUCCACACGAUCAAGCGCUCGUUGAUUUACCUGAACUUGUUCAGCAACUUUUUUAUGUUGUUGCUGACUUGAGCAAAAAAAUCGAUGUUUUCACCGGUAAGUCGCAACAAGCAAAAAUGUUCUCGGUGCCUCAGGGUUGGCCUCGCCUUGGAGUGAAGCGCAGUCGAGAAGAUCGACGAAUGGAAAUCGAUGCACUCGUUGCCAGUGGAACUAAGUUUAUUGAUCUGAGCGAUCUUUCUAUACCGUCCAUCAUACAAGCACCGCCAUCGGAAAAGUUCUGGUUGUACCUGUCCGGUCUCAUUACCGAUAAUGAUGUUCAACACACGGACGGAAACGUCGUCAAGGAGUUGAGGAUCCCCCUGCGAGUUACACCUGGAGUACCAGCAUCGUCAGCCCGGCCUACACAGGACACCACGACAGCAAAAACCAUGCCAAAAGUCAAACAGUCUUUGAGUGCUUUGAAAGAGACAAGGCGCAUGCUAAAAUCUAUUAAAGUGAGAAUCACUGAUAGCAGCACCGAGUCUGAGGCAUCAAGUGAGGAAAGCGCGGAAUUUUCGCAUAUUCCAGUUAACACCGUGCCAAACAUUGAAAAGUUUUCCCUGGACGACACUGACACAGAUAUGGAACAGCUGUCCGCUCAGGUCAAUAACAUCGCUCAACUUCUCGAGUUAAUGAGAAACACACAGCAGCAACAACAACAACAAAUUGAAGCACUAUCGCAUGGCCAAGCGCAAGCGAGUGCAACCCAAAACCACAUACAGCAACAAAGCGCUAACUCAGCAGUAAGCGUAGAGUCUCUGUAUAAAAUUCCUGACCCAAUAAAAUCAUUACCUAAGUUUGAUGGGAAUAGGAAGCAAUUGUCCGCUUGGUUAACCACCGCGGAAAACACACUGAACAGGUUUAAGAAUCUGGUUAAUCCUGAUCAAUUCGAUAUUUUCGUAACUGCGGUUGCGAAUAAAAUAGAAGGAAAAGCAAAGGAUAUCAUUUGCCUUGCUGGAAAUCCACAAACGUUUGAGGAGAUUAGGGACAUCCUAACAAGCGCUCUCGGCGAUCGUCAAGAGCUUACGUAUUACAAAAGCCAGUUGUGGCAAACGAAAAUGACUGACAACAUGUCAGUUCAUAAAUACUAUAAUAGAUGUAAAGAGAUAGUCCAAAAUAUCAAGUCCCUUGCUAAACAGAAGCGUAAAUACCAAGAUAACUGGGAUGCUAUCAACUCUUUUAUCGAAGAGGAUGCAUUAGCAGCAUUCCUUGCCGGUCUAAAAGAGCCUUAUUUCGGGUACGCUCAAGCAGCUGGACCCGAAGACAUGGAAGCAGCCUAUGCUUUCGUGUACACCACCAAUAAUCCAGGAGAACAAACCAUUUCGGAAAGCUCAUCACCCGCAGAAGAAUUAGACAUUGACACUGACUCACAAACGCUUGCCAGUCUUAUCGCGUCAGUCAAGCUCUUCGAAGCAAUGCGAUCAAAAAUCGAAAUGUGGAUUAUUCUUUGCCGAAUUUUGUUUUAUUUUGUCCUUUGGCACAUAGAGCAAAUAGUGAUCCGUGUUUGGCCUUGGUUUGAGAGACCAACAGUGGAGUUAAGUCAAGGCUCGGCUCGAGGUGUUACUUCAAAGCUACCAAAUGGAAAGCGGUAUCACUACUUUAAAGGGGUACCAUAUGCCAAACCACCAAUUGGGCAAUUGAGAUUCCGGCCACCAGUUCCGUUGGAAAAGUUUGAUGCCUCUCCCCUCGAUUGUAAUGUAGAGAAAGGUUAUUGUGUCCAGGACUUUAUUUUAUUCCAGUGGCCGAUCAUCGGAUCGGAGGACAUUUUAUAUUUGAAUGUUUUCACUCCUGCUUUGCCAAGCGAAUCGUCCGCGCCAUUUCCCGUAAUUGUAUACCUUCAUGGGGGUGGAUUUCGGUACGGAUCUGCCGAUACGUUCGUAUUGGAUCCGAGCUAUCUCGUCCAGGAAGGACUAGUUGUAGUGACAGUUUACUAUCGCGUCGGACCGUUGGGUUUUCUGUGCUUGCCCAGUGCCGGCAUCAGCGGCAAUGCUGGAUUGAAAGAUCAACUUCUUGCUCUCCGAUGGGUGAAGCAGAAUAUUGCACACUUUGGCGGUGAUGCUGAUAACGUAACAUUGAUGGGUCAAAGCGCCGGUGCCUGGGCAAGUUACAUGCACUUUCUUUCUCCGAACUCAAGGAAGUAUUUCCACCGAGUGAUAUGCCAAAGUGGUGAUUUUUGCUCGAAAGCCAUGGUUCAAAUCGAUCCUGAAACUAAUGCAAAAAUGUUAGCACGAUCAAUGGGCUGUAAAGCAGAAAAUGAUCAUGAUGUGUUGGACUUUCUCACCAGGGCAUCAGCCUAUUCCAUAGUAAAAUUCCAAGAUGAGGCCGUAGGUCCACAGGAGGAAGGACUCUUUGAACGGUUUGUUUUCAGACCCGUUGUGGAGCAAACCCUGACCGACGACAGCAUUAUCACCAAAGACCCGGAAAUACUUCUCAAAGAGUUUGAUACACUGCGAAUGCCAAUACUGUCCGGAUGUUGCACUAAGGAAGGAGCUUUGGCUUUUGAGCUGAAUAGGCACCGCUUCAAUGAGGUCAAUCAGCAUCCGGAGUGGUUGGCACCACGUUUUUUGGAUUAUUCCAGUGAGGCUGAUCGAGUGACGGUUGGAAAGAAAAUCAAAAGUUGCUAUUUGGGUGUUAAAGAUAUUGGAUGGCAAUCUACUGAAGAAACGUGUAAAAUGAUGUCAGACAUCACUUUUGCAGGAAGCAGUCUUCUGAGUGCAGAGCUGAUAGCCAAAUAUCAGCCGAACGCCACUCACUAUUAUUAUAGUUUUGCUUUUCAUGGGAAAUACGAUUAUAUUUGUAAAAUGAUGAAUCAAAAUAGAAUACAAGGAAGUGGUCAUGGUAAUGAUGUUUUCUACAUGUUCAAAUCACCUUGUUUACCGAUGUUACCACAAGAUAGUGAGGAAUACAAAGUACGUGAAGUCUUGAUAAAAUUGUUCGCCAACUUCGCCAGAUUUUCAAAUCCUACACCAAAUGGAAGUGAUCUCGGAUUCACAUGGAGUCCAGUGCAGCCAGUUGACAGAACUUCAGAGGAAUUUUGCAUGGACUGUCUAGAAAUAAAUACAACUUCCCGAAUGUUACACAACUAUGACGCAGUUGCGAGUGAAUUUCUAAAGGAACUUAUUAGGAUAAGGACAAACAUUCUUUAGUUGAAACAAAAAAAAAUUAUUUUAAAUCUUGUUCUUUUGGUUAUGAUAUAUUAUUUAUGAAUUGUA